AUGCAUUCGCGGCGCAAUCACAACAAUUUGAGUCUCCCAACAGACCAGCUCCGUCCCACUGCCGUAACAUCUUCAUUCCUAUCCCCCAAAACCCCAUUCUCCCAACACCGUGUCUUUCUAUUAGAACGCUCACCGCCGCCAUCGCCAGGACUGCCUGUGCCGGAUCGGGAACUUGCCGGAAAGGCAGCUACAGGAAGUAGAGGACGGCUUUUCAGAAGACUGCUGUUGAUUGUACUCGGUACGCUUUCAUUAGCACUAUGGGGUACUAAUCUGCUGUACUCCUACAACCGAUCAGAGAAUGAAAGCCCGCUGCAUGGAAAAGGUCGUCAAUACGACAUGGUGGAAGCAUCUGAGUUGCCAGAUGAACCUUGUGCAAUCAUUGUCAAGGAUCACAAUAGGAGAACUAAAUGGACCGUAUACAUCCCAUCGACGCUUGGCUUCCCGUUAAAACCAUCACAGUAUGCAGAAAUAUGCUUGCAAUCAGUAGAGAUGUCACAUCAUGUCGCAGAGCAGACCAAAUCCCACUCAAAAAGACACCAAGGCUAUUAUCAGCAGGAUCCUCAUUUUGUAGAUGUCUUGGAAGCCUGGCAGCAGGGUCUCUUGCCCUCUGAACAGGACGAACACACUCGACCGAAUGAUGGCACCGACGUUUGCAAGAAGAGCUUAACAUAUGUGCUGGAGACAUCCGAUGCAGGAAUGGGAAACGCCUUACUCGGUUUGUGGAUGUCUUAUGGUCUGGCUCAACAUGAAGGACGAGCAUUCUUCAUUGAUGAUUCACGCUGGGCAUAUGGAAAUUACUCGACGUACUUCCAGUCUCCUCCUAAGCCGAACUGUCGUUCCCCUCGACCAUCCCAGAUCGUCCCAUGCCCCCACACUGCUCGCCAUAUUGUCGUUUCUGCGGCCAUCACUAAGCACACCUUCGGCCAUGCUUUCAUAGAUGAAUGGGAGGAUCCACGCAGAAUGAAUGUUCAGCGUCAGCAUAAGAUCUUCGCUCUACUACGCACUGGCUAUGAUGCUCUGUUCAAGCUUCGCUACGAUGAUGCGACCUACGUAGAGAAGCGCGUUCAGUCCUUGUAUAAUCCUACCACCACUGCUGGUGGCCUCAAUAUUGCCAUACACAUUCGUAGAGGCGACAGGCAUCCUUUUGAAUACCAAUACUCAAAAGAUUACCUACCUACAGCACGUUUCCUUGAUUCUGCGGUAUCACUUGUAACGAAUUACUUCGCAUCUGGUCACCAUUUUCCCGGCACCCCGGUCGACCGCCGGGACCCUCUUGCCCCUUCCGCUGUCUCUCCCAUUUCUACGGAUGCGGACUCCAUCGCAGCAAUUAUGCACAACUACUCCUCGUCUCUCGUCCUCGCAUCCGACGACGCCGCGCUCUACAAAUCCUCCGAUCUCGCACCCCCGACCACCACCCGUGCUCAGUCCCAUAUCGUACUCGCCACCAAAUCUGAGCUUCUGGCCUCGGCAACGAAACAAGGCACCAGGCCCAACAAAUUUGUCGACGAUGUGUCUGGCUGGGAAGGCGGGUUCUAUGCGAGCAUGUUCUGGGGUCUAGGUAUGCCACGGGAUAAAGAGCACGCGCGAUCAUACAGCUUUGAGAGUCCGGUGGGCGAAGAGGCGAUGAGGUUACGAGAGUUGCUAGCGAGGAGCUAUUUAUUAGAUUUGAGUGUGCUUGGAAGGGCAGAUGCGGUGAUUUGUGCAGUUGGCAGCGCAGCAUGUAGGAUCCUGGGCGUUAUGGUGGGCUGGGAGGGUGUUGGAGGUACAGAGGAGGACGUAUGUAAGAAGCGUGUCUAUUGA